AAAUAAAUAUAUAUAUAUGUAUUUGUAUAUGUAUAUAUAUUUUAUUUAUAAAAAGAAAAAAAUUAUUCAUCAAAACGCAGAGACAACGACUUUCUCUGCCGCUUCUCUUCAUUAAAUUUCAUGGAUUUCUAACACUAAAAUAUUUCCCAUUCUCGUUCAAUUUUCUGUUAUUUUAUUAUCAAUUUUUUUUUUCCUUUUCUAUGAUUUCCAUGGCCGCGGUAACUAAAUCACUUCCGCAUUCUUCGAGUUUCUUCGAUUCGCGGCGUUCGAGUUCGAUCGGUUUCAGAAGGACGCGGUUGGGAUUCGAAGUCGGCGAGAAGCCACCUAUCAAAUGGGAGGGAAGGAGAAUCGGAGGAAGAACGAGGACGGAAGAGAAAAACUACUUGGAGAGGAAUAGAAGAUGGAGAAGCGUGAGGUGUACGGCGGAGGGGAUAGAGAGAGGAAUGGUAAUGGGAAGGGGAAGAGGAGGAGGAGGAAUAGCGGAAGAGAAUGUGUUGCUGAAGAAGAUGAUUCCGGAGAGAAUGAAAGUGGUGGGUCUUAUGGCGUGUGCCAUGUGUCUAUGCAAUGCGGAUAGGGUGGUUAUGUCCGUUACUGUUGUACCUCUCGCUGAUCAAUUUGGUUGGUCCAGUUCUUUCUUAGGCGUUGUCCAGUCAUCGUUUCUGUGGGGAUACAUACUCUCAUCGGUUAUUGGAGGGGCACUAGUGGACAAAUAUGGAGGGAAAAGAGUGAUGGCUUGGGGUGUGGUUUUAUGGUCUUUGGCAACUCUACUUACUCCAUGGGCUGCUAAUCACUCAACAACAAGUCUCUUGGCUGUCCGUACCUUCUUCGGACUCGCUGAAGGUGUUGCUCUUCCUUCCAUGACCACCCUCCUCUCGAGAUGGUUUCCAAGUCAGGAAAGAGCAAGUGCUGUUGGAUUGUCAAUGGCAGGAUUUCAUCUUGGCAAUGUUACAGGAUUAUUAUUGACUCCUAUAAUGUUAUCAUCGAUGGGAAUUUCCGGUCCCUUUAUUCUUUUCUCGUCUCUUGGAUUGCUCUGGUUCAUAACAUGGGCAUAUAAAGUCACAAAUCAUCCUCGAGAAAGUAAUUUCAUCUCCAAAUUAGAGCUUCAAUUGAUUCAAGCUGGAAAAACUGAUAUACCUGUGAAAAGUGGCAAACUUCCACCUCUUGGACUCUUAUUAUCAAAAUUGCCAACUUGGGCUAUAAUUUUAGCCAAUAUAACUAACAAUUGGGGUUACUUUGUUCUUCUCUCAUGGAUGCCUGUUUACUUCAAGACUGCAUUUAAUGUGAACCUCAGGACAGCAGCGUGGUUUAGUGCGGUUCCAUGGGGAACAAUGGCGAUUUCCGGCUUCAUUGCAGGUUCAGUAUCAGACUAUUUAAUUAAGGCUGGCUAUUCUUUGACAUUUGUCCGAAAGAUCAUGCAGUCCAUUGGCUUCAUUGGGCCUGGAGUGUCAUUGCUCUGCUUGAACUACGCGACUACACCAACUGUUGCUUCGAUACUCAUCACAGCAGCCUUAAGCUUUAGCUCUUUCAGCCAAGCUGGGUUUCUCCUCAAUAUACAGGAUAUAGCUCCACAGUAUGCAGGAUUUCUUCAUGGGAUCUCUAAUUCAGCUGGGACACUUGCAGCAAUAAUCAGCACCAUAGGAACUGGUUAUUUUGUACAAUGGUUGGGAUCAUUUCAGGCAUUCUUGACUCUUACAGCAGCUCUGUAUUUUGUAGCAGCCAUCUUUUGGAACCUUUUUGCUAGCGGAGAGCGAGUCUUCUAUGACUGAAAUGUCGAGGCCAAUUAGAGUUUUACAUUAAGGAAUUGAUAAUAUGAUUGCAGAUCUCAUAGGAAGAAGAAAGGAAAUGAGAUAAAUUCUUUUAUAGGAAUUUUAAAAUUUUGGCCUUUUAUUUAUUUAUUAAUUUUAGGAAUGCUAGACUAUGGAAGGAAAAAAAAAAAAAAAGAAAAAGAAAAAAAAUCCUUUUUCUAGUCUAAGGACCGAGGCAAGAAUCCUUCUAGUUCCACCGGCCUUGUCAUUUGCUGUUUUCCAGUUCCUUUAUUUGUAUUGUAUAUAUUAAGGUAUAGUUGUAAGAAAGGAAAAGACAAGUGAUGUGGUAAGUAGGGAAAAAAUUAAUUAGUAGUGUAAAGAUUGAAGGGUCAAAUCUUGUAUCCAAAUUAUCAAGAUCUAUAUUUAUUCAUUUAUAAUCUGAAUAAAAUAAAAUAAAAUAAAAUCUUCGUCA